GUUUAGCUCGAUAUUAUUGCCCGUGUUACUGGUACUUUGCUACCCCAAUACUAUAACAAGUGCUGUACAGUUAACCCCCUUUAAGUACACCAACAUUGAAUACGGUCCUGGAUUAUCACACCUUCGAACUGCCUCUUCCUUUGGUUAUGGUGAAGGCAAUAUCCAACCAUUCAGUCCUGAACCAGUUAUAGCCCAUCAACCACUAGGUUAUGGUUAUGGUACUGGACUAGGCUUAGCCCAUGGACCUUUAGGUCACUAUCCCAACGGUUUGGGCUACGGAGGAGGAGUUUUGGGAUAUCCUGGAGGUGUUGGGGCUUUAGGGGCUUAUGGAAAACAGGGACAUCUGUUAGGACAUGGGUAUUAUCCAGAUGCUGUUGGAAUCAACCAAGGAGGUCUUGGAUAUUCUCGGUAUGGUCCAGUUGUUGGAUACGGAUCAGCAGGCCAUUUGGGCGGAUCAGAAAUCGAUCAGAGCUCGUACAGCGGGGCAAAAAACUCCCUGGCAGCCAACCAACACAGCUCCAUCAGGGGCCAAAAAGGGGCUACUCUGGACCAUGGGGAUGCUGGGUUCAGAUCAGGGCAAGUGGCAGAGAAAGAUGUUCGGGGAGAGUCGGUGCGAUUCACCGAUGUUGAUGGGGUGAACAACGGUCGACAUGAGGGAAAAAUGUACCAUGGUGGGGAGCAUUUUGAUAAGGAGGGAAAACAUGCAGGUGAAAACAUUCUGAACGAGAACCACAAAAAAGGCCACAACGUGAAAAGCUUCAAGAAAUCCCACCAUCUGGACGAAACAGGCAAAACCGAGGAAUUCUACGACGAAGACCACGACGAGGGGGGCAAUUACGCCUUCGGGGGGCACGUGGGGAAAUUCGGGGAGACCGCCUCCAACAGCUUCAAAGGCGGCUUCAAUGACGGAAAAUUUACCUCGGGGGAGGCUAAGAAAAUAGGGCAUUUUGGCAACGAGUACUCUGUAGAUAAAGUGGAUGGGGAACAUGGGAAAUUUGGAGGGGGGAAGUAUGCGAGUGAUGAACACGUUUACGGGUUUGAUAGGGGGGUGGGGGAACAUGGAUUGGGAGGACAUCGACAGACGAGUGAUUUUUUCAAGAAAUAUUCCCACUACUAGGGUCUUUUUAAUGUGGAACUGUGAGCUCAGGAGAAUGCCAUUGUGUAAAUAUUUAUUUCAUUAAAUUUCAAGCAGUAA